AUUCAUUGACGGGGACCAGCGCCCGUUUGGACGAUGACACGUCACGAGAUGAUCGCGCCAGACAGAUGCUGCGGUGCUGCACUUGCACGGCCAUAGAUUGGGAUCUUCCCUGCCCGCUCGCUCCAUGCUCCAGCUUUAGCGCCUCUUCCAUUUUUUUUUAGUGUGUGUGCAUACAAUGAUACCCGCCAGCGCCGCAGCAAUGUUACCGUCUGCAGAAGCUGCCAAACUGUACCAGACCAAUUACGUCCGAAACUCUCGCGUCAUCGGACUCCUGUGGGCCAUAUUCACCAUACUGUUCGGCAUCGUAAACGUGACCAUCUUCUCGCAGCCCUAUUGGAUCGGCGAUGGCGUGGACACGCCGCAGGCCGGCUACUUCGGCCUCUUCCACUACUGCAUCGGGGACGGGAUCUCCAGGGAGCUAGCCUGCCAGGGUAGCUUCACUGAGUUCGCCGCCAUCCCGUCCAGAGCCUUCAAGGCCGCCUCGUUCUUCAUCGGGAUGUCCAUGAUGCUGGUGGUCACCUGCAUCGGAUGCUUCUCGCUCUUCUUCCUUCUCAGCACUUCCACCGUGUACAAGAUCUGUGGCUGGAUGCACGCUGCGGCAGGUGUGUGUCUGGUACUGGGCUGCAUGAUCUACCCUGAUGGCUGGGACAGCGAUGAAGUGCGACGGAUGUGCGGGGAGCAGACGGACAAAUACAGCCUGGGGGCCUGCUCCAUGCGCUGGGCCUACAUCCUCGCCAUCAUGGGCAUCCUGGAUGCGCUCAUCCUCUCCUUCCUGGCUUUUGUCCUCGGAAAUCGACAGGACGGCCUCAUGACCGAGGAGUUGCUGGCUGAGAGCAAGGAGGGAGGCAAUGCUUAGCAACAUUUCAGCUCCUGUGGUCCACAGAGAACCAUCCCUUCAACAUCACACGACAGGAUGGAGGAGGAGCGGAAACCAGCUACUUUCCAUCAACUUUCCAAAAGCCCUCAGCCAUUGUCCCCUCCUGUUUGCUUGCAGCCCCCUUACGUCAUCCUCCAGCAUUUAGACCAAGCCGGUGUAAUACACAUUCAACCCAGAGCAACCCCAUUUGCAUAGACGGACGAACUGUGGCAAGGGUGCAGACUGUUAUGAAAUGACAGGUGUGGACUGAGCACAACCUGCAAAAACAUACAACAAAUCCAUUGCACACAUGCUUACUGUACCUAACGACUCAUUUACUAUACUCUAUGUCAGGGGUGGGCAAACUUUUUGACUCGCGGGCCGAACUGGGUUCUAAAUUUGGACCGGAGGGCCGGACCAGGAGCAGAUGGUAUAGGCGUUGUGUGAAGUCAUAUAAGCGACCUGUAAAGGUCAUUGCAUAAAAGAUCUUGGCCUUUAGUAGGUAGUAAAGCAUGGAUAUUCCAAACAAGUUUUUUGAAAACAAAUGCAUUUAUUAACAGCAUUAAAAAAAAAAAAAAUUCACUAAAAAACUGCUAUCAGUGAUUCUCAUAAAAUACGACACUGUUAUUAUGAAUAACAAUCUCCAUCACUUCAGUGCCUGCAGGUCAGAUUAAUGAAAGAUGUUUAUCUUAUGGGAUCACAUCAAACGGCAAACAUUCUGACCAAAUAUAUCAUCUUGAAGAAUCGGUGAAAGCAUACACUCAAAUAAAGUAAUCAACGGUGAGGGGUAUCUGAAAAUCAGAGCAGAGUUUUAACUCGCAAACACCUGGUAACAGAGGUGAGGAAACGGGAAACACUUAAGAACUUUACAGGUUAAGAUUAGUCGCAAAUAGGUGGUGCAUCAAUGUCCUUGAGCAUCCUGCAUUGUUUGAAAAUGAGAAUGGUCGCUAGUUUCAAUCCCUGCUAUGUGUACAAAUCAUAUUCAAAAUGCAUUUUUUUACAAUAAACUUGAGAGCUUCCCGUUCAUUUUCAGUGGGAA